UGGGCAGUUGCCAGUCUGCCAUGGUCCCGCCUUCCCAACUCCAACAAACAAAAGCCCCAGGGCUAAAAUCACGACAACAAGAUUACCACUUCAUGCAAAGAAACAGAGGGUCUCAUUCAAGGCAUACCACUCUUUUCACAACAGUAUCUCUCUGAAAAUACUGACGACAAACGAAUCAUAUCCCCCAGAUAUCCAAUUCUAUCAACAACAACAUCCCCCAUGAAGGUUAAGAUCACCCGGUGGAAUACCGUCGCGACGUGGCGAUGGGAUAUCCCCGAAGACGAUGUCUGUGGUAUCUGUCAAGUCCACUUUGACGGCACAUGUCCAACCUGCAAGUACCCUGGUGAUGACUGCAGCAUCCUGUCUGGCAAGUGUGGCCACAACUUCCAUAUGCAUUGCAUCCUGGAGUGGAUCAAGCAGGACUCAGCAAAGGGCCAGUGCCCAAUGUGCCGUCAAAAAUUCGAGUUCACUGAUCCAAAGAAUGAGACAAACGAGAGCUAGGGGUUUCUCAUGGAAAUGAUUUGACAUGGUUGGCGUUUGGCGAACUGUUUUUAGCGAUACCCAUGGCCCUUGCGAAGGUUCUGUUGGACUUACGAACAGACUGCCUAGCCCUGUCGGCCGUCCCAUCGCGAGCCAAAGAAAAAGACUCCCACAUAUGGUCUAGAAUUCUUCAGGACAGGAUGAAAAAAGUGAUGGUAUUCGUGGUAGUGACAAGCAAAGACGCUUUCAACAAUCACGUCUCGUUCCAUUGACCUGAGACCAAGGCCUGGAGUGAGAAAAGCAUGGCCUCAGCGAAGAAAAAGUCAGGAUAUCAUAAAUCGUCACAGAGUAUGUGUUUAUAUAUAUUUCUGACGGAAGCAGAAAGCUAUUGUUCAAGGCAAUGCGGUUUC